GCUGCGGGCGGCUGGCGGCGGGCGGAGGGCUGCGAGUCGCCUCUAGGCCUGGAUCCUGGUCUGGGUCCGCCCUGUCGCGCUCCGCCCCUCCGCCCCCAGCGCCCGGGCGGGCCCGAACUUGGAGCCGCAAUCUCCGGGCUUGGCUGGGGCGGCCGGCCCGGAGCCACCCCAUGAGGUCUCCUCUCUAGGGAUGGUGGAAUUGGGAGAGGCUCCUUUAACCCUCCUGUGGGAUGCACCCCUUUCCAGGAGACAUGGAGAACGCUCUCACAGGGAGCCAGAGCUCCCACGCUUCUCUGCGCGAUGUCCAUUCCAUCAACGCCACACAGCUCAUGGCCAGGAUCGAGUCCUAUGAAGGAAGGGACAAGAAAGGCAUAUCUGACGUCAGGAGGACUUUCUGUUUGUUUGUCACCUUUGACCUCUUGUUUGUAACAUUACUGUGGAUAAUAGAGUUAAAUGUGAACGGAGGCAUUGAGAACACGUUGGAGAAGGAGGUGGUGCAGUACGACUACUACUCUUCUUAUUUUGAUAUAUUCCUCUUGGCAGUUUUCCGGUUUAAAGUGUUGAUCCUCGCAUAUGCUGUGUGCAGACUGCGCCACUGGUGGGCAAUCGCGUUGACGACAGCAGUGACCAGUGCCUUUCUACUAGCGAAAGUGAUCCUCUCAAAGCUUUUCUCGCAAGGGGCGUUUGGCUACGUGCUGCCCAUCAUUUCAUUCAUCCUUGCCUGGAUUGAAACAUGGUUCCUAGAUUUCAAAGUGUUACCUCAAGAAGCAGAAGAGGAAAACAGACUCCUUAUUGUUCAGGAUGCAUCGGAGAGGGCCGCCCUCAUUCCUGCGGGUCUUUCAGAUGGUCAGUUUUAUUCCCCUCCUGAAUCUGAAGCAGGAUCUGACGAACAAGCUGAGGAAAAACAGGAUAGUGAGAAAGCACUUUUAGAACUCUGACUUCUGCUUUGUAAAAUAGGAAAUGCCCUGACUGAAAGCCAUCUGAGAGAAAAGAUGGAGGUGGUCUCCUGGAGAGUGGAAGUGGUGACUUUGUGGAACAGCUAAUAAAGGAUUGGUUACGGUGAUACCUCAUGGACAUUGUCCCCUGUGAACACCACUCAGUCGCUUGCCUGUCUUAAUGUUCCUCCGUCCUGUGAGACUGAGUCACACUUGUUAAGGAAUAAUUGAAGGAAAGUCUUGUGCUGUAUCAGAAUCAAAAGACUUCGUAAUAUAUUGAAAUAACACUUUUGUAGUCAGUGAAAUAGCUUUGUAUUUCAUUUCACAGAAUGGAAUUUUUUGGUUUCAUGUCUCAGAUUUCUUUUGUAUUUCUUUUUUAACACCCUACAUUUCCCUUGUAUUUUUUAACUCAUGCACAUGUGCUCUUUGUACAAUUUAAAAAAAAUAAAAACCAACAUGUCAAAA